AUGGUGUCUCCAGAAGCCCAACAGCUGGCCACCAACUUGACAGGGUUCACAGUCGAACGACAGAACUGGCUGAAAGACAAGAGUUUGACACAACUGAAAGUGUUGAAGCCCAACCAGAAAGUGGAAGCCUUUGCAUCAUCUACAGACAGUUUGUCAGUGAACAAUUUUCUGAUGACCGGCCCCAAGGCUUACCUUAUCUACUCAAGCAGUGUGGCAGCUGGGGCACAAAGUGGUAUUGAAGAGUGUAAAUACCAGUUUGCUUGGGAUCGGUGGAACUGUCCUGAGAGAACAUUGCAACUUUCCAGUCAUAGUGGACUACGUAGUGACUGGAACCCUCAUUCUACUGGAUCUUCUACAACAGGCAGCAGCCACUAUGAAACUGGUUCUUCUUCUCCAGUCUGGAGCCUUCAUUUCAACAGGAUCCUCUUUUCCAGACUGGAAUCUCAAUACAACCGGACUCUCUUAUCACGUCUCCAGAUUCCAUUACCACCGAAUUAUCCACCAUCUGGCUCUCUUUCAGCAGGAUUCAUUUCCCCAGCAAACCGAGAAACUGCCUUUGUGCAUGCUAUCAGCUCGGCAGGAGUAAUGUACACACUGACACGGAACUGCAGCCUAGGCGACUUUGAUAACUGUGGCUGUGAUGAUUCCAGAAAUGGACAGCUGGGAGGACAAGGGUGGCUGUGGGGUGGCUGCAGUGAUAAUGUUGGAUUUGGAGAAGCUAUUUCCAAGCAGUUUGUGGAUGCGCUAGAGACUGGACAAGAUGCUAGAGCAGCCAUGAAUCUUCAUAAUAAUGAAGCAGGAAGGAAGGCAGUGAAAACCACCAUGAAGAGGACAUGUAAGUGCCAUGGGGUCUCAGGAAGUUGCACUACCCAAACUUGCUGGCUUCAGCUGCCAGAAUUUAGAGAGGUGGGCUACUAUUUAAAGGAAAAAUAUCACAAAGCUAUAAAGGUGGAUCUGCUGCAGGGAGCUGGUAACAGUGCGGCCAGCAGAGGUGCCAUAGCUGAAACGUUCAGUUCUAUCUCUAAGAAAGAGCUUGUUCAUCUGGAAGAUUCCCCAGAUUAUUGCUUGGAGAACAAAACUCUGGGUCUUCUGGGGACAGAAGGCAGGGAAUGUCUUAAAAGAGGCAAGACGCUCAAUAAGUGGGAAAAGAGAAGCUGCAAGCGCCUAUGUGGAGACUGUGGCCUGGAUGUGGAGGAGAGAAGAGCAGAUAUGGUUUCCAGCUGUAACUGCAAGUUCCACUGGUGCUGUGCUGUUAAAUGUGAGCAGUGCAGGAAAAGUGUGACCAAAUACUUCUGUGUCAAGAAAGAGAAGCGCGAGAGGAGCGGAGGUGGCAUUACACGGAAGAAAGAAACUAAACCAAAAAAAGAAGUUUUAGACACCAUUAACAGAUCAUUAACUGUAUUGUUUAUAAAAACUGGUUUGCUAGAACAAAGAAUGGAUCCGGUCACCUUGUGA